GGGAGCAUCCCGUCGGGCCAGCCAGCAACGCGUGAUGCCCCUCUUCGGGAACACCUUCAGCCCCAAGAAAACUCCCCCCAGGAAAUGCGCCUCUCUCUCCAGCCUGUACUUUACGGAUAGAUCGAACCGUGAGAUUGAGCUGGGCCUGGAGUAUGGCACCCCCACCGUGAACCUCCCUGGCCACAGCCUCAAGUUUGAAAAUGGCCAGUGGGUGGCAGAAUCAGGAACCUUCACCGGGGAUCACAGGGAAAUGCAGCACUUACGCAAACGAAACCAGCAGCUACAGGAAGAAAACAACCUCCUUCGUUUGAAGGUGGAUAUUCUGCUGGACAUGCUCUCCGAGACCACAGCUGAGUCCCACCUGAUGGAGAAGGAGCUGGAGGAAUUGAAGAACCACAACCGUAGAAGGAAAUGAAGAUAAAGAGUUGGCUGGAGGAGAGGAGAGCAAAGAGGCUGGCUGCCCCCACUCAUGGGACCCCAGGGCUCGCCUGGAUCUCCUAGCUGUGUUGGUGUUAUGAAUAAGGGGGAAUAGGGUGAGAAAUUAAUAAAAUUAAUAAUAUUUUAUUUAUUUAUUUGGCUCCACCUCCCACAUAAUGUGAUA